CCUGUCAUAAAAAGUUUUUGGUUUUCAGUUCCUAUGCAAUGAGUCAUAGCACAGUUUAAUGACUUAAUGUCAUUCAACAGGUGAAUUUGAGUGGAAAAUAAUUGAGCUGUAGGGCUGGUGAGCCCUACUUUGAGUUGUAAUGGUUAAUUUUUGGGAUUUUAGCUUUAUCGUGCGCAAUUUUAAUGAAACGAAAUGUGAUUUUAUAGUUUGAAAGUUUUCGUACAUUUAUGGAGGAUCUUUCCGGUAAAAAAGAUGGUAUGGCUGAUCGCAGGGCGGAAUUAGAGCGAAAAAGGCAAAAAUUAGCUCUUCUACGAGAAGAAAAAGCUCGAAGAAAACGGGAGAAGGAAGCCCAAAAGUCUGAUGAAUCUGUUGCUGUUAACUUACAACGUGAAAGAGAUGUACUGUUUGAAACUGAUAAACUGUUAGCAUCUUUGAAUGUGACUACUUCAAUAUCUUCUCUUCCAAGUACUAUAUCCGAUUCAAGUUUAUCUGAUGCAUCUAUAAAUAAACCAAAUGUCGUAGUGCCACCUCCACAGCCUAAACCAAAAAAAGUCAAUCUUUCUGUUGUGAAUGUGCAUCAGACUACAGUUGCUCCGGCAGAAAAAGUAGUUUAUGACAGACAAACACAGACCUUACAUUCAGCUGUUGAUAAAGAAGCUGCUGCUGUAGAUUACUAUGAGUGGGAAGAUGAAUUUCAAGUUUUGACCUAUGAUGAUUCUUCUAUAUCUGAAGAUGGGGAAAGUUUAUCAUUGCCAUCAAUUGAUGGAACCACCCAUUUUGUUCAUCCAAAACAUCAAAAAGUUAUCGGCUUGCCUAAUGUUAAUAUGGUUAAACCUGCUCAUACCACUGUAGAUGAAAAUAAUUUGAAUCAGAUAAAGCAGAAAGAUGAAGAAGAAAAGCAAAAGCGCAUAGAUUUAAGUGAAGAAGAGAAAAUAAUCAUUUUAAGAAGUGAAAAUUUCCAGCAUUUUUUGGAUCGAACAUCACGCAUAAUAGAAAGAGCCAUUUGUGAAGAUGUUGACAUAUUCAUUGACUACACUGGUGUUAAAGAGGAAUCAGAGAGUGAUGAUCGAAGUGGUAUGUCCCUUUCUCUCAAUCGUUGUUUUGUUGAUGAAUAUUGGUCCAAAAAUCGUGCAGUUACUUCAUUUGAUUGGUCACAUCAGUUUCCAGAACUACUGUGUGCUUCUUAUAACCAGAAUGAUGAAUCACCUCACCAACCUGAUGGAAUUUGUCUUAUUUGGAACAUGAAAUUUAAGAAAAAUACUCCUGAGUAUAUCUUUCAUUGUCAGUCUCCAGUCACAACAGCUUGUUUUGCAAAGUAUCAUCCAAAUCUAGUCAUAGGAGGAACAUAUUCUGGCCAAAUUGUUCUGUGGGACAACAGAAGUUGUAAAAGAACACCUGUGCAAAGGAGUCCAUUAUCAGCUGUUGCUCAUACACAUCCAGUUUACUCUAUAUGUAUGGUAGGAUCUGAGAAUGCUCACAAUCUGGUGACCAUAUCUACUGAUGGGAAGUGUUGUACAUGGAGUGUUGAUAUGCUUUCAGCUCCCCAAGAUUCAAUUGAACUCAAUCAACAGAAACAGUCUCGCACUGUUGCUGUGACAUGUAUGGCUUUUCCUCAUGAUGAAUUCAACAACUUUGUUGUUGGUAGUGAAGAUGGAAUUGUAUAUUCUGCAUGUCGCCAUGGUAACAAAACUGGAAUUGUAGAUGUAUUUGAAAGCCAUCAAGGUCCAGUCACUGCUAUCAGUACUCAUAAAAGUACAGUUUCUGCUGAAUUUCCUGAUCUUUUCUUAACUUCAUCAUUUGAUUGGACAGUGAAGCUAUGGAACUUGAAGGAAACUCAGCCUCUGUAUUCUUUUGAACAUAAUUCAGACUAUGUUUUUGAUGUCAGCUGGUCGCCAGUCCAUCCCGCAUUAUUUGCUUGCGUUGAUGGUUUAGGAAAUCUUGAUCUUUGGAAUCUGAACUGCGAUACUGAACUUCCUACAGUUGGUACUUUGAUUGAUGGAAGUCCAGCAUUGAACAGAGUUGCAUGGACACAUUCUGGGCAUCAUGUUUCUGUUGGGGAUUGUAAUGGAAAAAUUUGGUUAUACGAUGUUGGUGAGCAACUUGCUAAUCCUAAACCAGAUGAUGGGACCAGAUUUGCAGAAACUUUAGAAGAAUUUCAAUCAAACCAAUCAUACUUCCAUGGUGAUAUGUUAGCAUCUGCGCAACCUACUCAACCUAUGCUUUCGCCAUCAAUCUAUGGAACCCCCGUGCGUUAAGUGGUGCAACUAUGAUAAUCAGAAUUUCUGUUUAAUAUCUGUGGUUGCAGAGCUAUUUUGUGAUAAUUGUUUGAUAAAGAAUCUGUAUGAUAGUUUUAUUUAGUAAAUGAAUUUCUUUUAA